AUGGGGUUAGGAGCGGGUGGGUUGGCGCAGCUGCGGCACGAGAGCGCGCGCGACUCAGUGGAAGCCGAGGGGCUGGCUCGCUCCACGUCGUGGCGCUUGGCCAACUUCGGCAUCGGCGCGGUGGCUGUGACCGCCGCACGCACGCUGACCUCACCACUGCGGAAUGUCCACGUGCAGCUGCUGCUCGACCAAAUCAAGGGGAGGAAGUCUUCGGUGCUGGGCACCACGCGGGACAUCUGGCGGAGGGACGGCGUGCGCGGGUUCCUGCACGGCAACCUGAGCGCGUGCGUGCGGACUGCCGUUUACAGCGGCGUCAAGCUGGCCACCUGGACCAGCCUGCGCCUCUUCCUUGAAGACACCACCGGCCGCAUGAGUAACUAUCGAAAGGCGGUGCUGGCCGGGGUGUUCUCGGCGGCGGUGGCCGUGGUGGCGACGCUGCCCAUGGAGGUGCUCGAAACGCGCAUGAUCGCCGCCAUGCGGUGCGACCCCGAAUCUGUGGAUCGAAGGCGGCUGAUUGGUGUCCCGUUUGGGAGGCGCUAUUGGCGACUCCUCCAGGGGCUCCGAUCAGAUCUCGCCGAGCAGCAGGGCGGCAAGGCCAAGGACACCCUGGAGUACCUGUACAUGAGCUGGAAGCCGGCACUGGCCAACCAACUGCUCCAGGAGCUGGUGCUGCACACCACGCAGGAGCUGUUAUUCAUGGUCGAGUCGAAACCGGCCGUUCGGAAAUACAUGAUCAGGGUGGGCGAUGAGACCAGGCAGCUGGUGAAGGAUUGUCUGGUCUCCUUCAUUGCGCGAGUCGCCUGUCUGCCGCUCAUCAACAUCGAGUACCGCAUGGAGCUCACCAACAAAGGAUUCUACGCGGGGCUGUUGGCGCAGCUGUGGGUGGUGCCCUACUUCUGCAGCUACCACCUCAUCAUGAGCGGCGUCUACUCCAUCCUCGACCGCCUCGAAUAA